AAGCGCCGUGUUGCGCCGCCGACACUCCUCCCAAACACUCCGGUCCCGUCCGUCUUACCGAGCUCUGUCUGUCUGUGUGCGUGUCUCGUUCGUUUGUUCGUCCGUUCGUUCGUUCCGUGUUUUAUCAACAACAACACCAACACCAACGCAAUGGCCACCGAGGUUGAAAACAACGCGCCCGCCACCGAAACGAAGGAGAUCAAGGAAGAUAGUCCGCAGGUCGAGAAGGACAACAAAGCCGAGGAGGCCGCCAAGGUGGAAGCGGCCGAUGCGCCCGCCGCCCCCGCUAAAGAAAAGGAACCGGCGCCACCCAAAGUGGUAGUGCAUAAAUCCAAUUACGAAAAGGAUAUUGUGUAUCUGUACCAGUUCUCGCGUACGCCGCUCCUGCCCUCGCUCUCGCCCUAUUGUCUCAAAGUGGAGACAUGGCUCAGGCUUGCCGGCAUCAAAUACGAGAAUGUAGACCACAAGAUGAAGUACCGCUCAAAGAAAGGACAACUCCCGUUCAUCGAGUUGAACGGCGAAGAAGUGGCUGACAGUGCCAUCAUCAUUAAGGAACUCUCGCAGAAAUUCGGCCACGAUUUGGACGCCGGACUGACAACCGAACAACGUAACUUGGCCCACGCGACCAUUUCCAUGAUCGAGAACCAUCUCGCCUGGAUCGUGAUGUGGUGGAGAACCAAAUACCCAGACCAAGUGCUCAAGGGCUACAAGGUCAACUUGCAACACGCCCUCGGCACCAGAAUACCAAACGGCAUCCUCAACUUCUGCUUCAAAUUUGCAUUCGGCCGCAAGUGGUUCCAGGGCUCGAAGAAGGUUAAGGCUCAGGGAAUAGGCGUCCACUCUGCCGAGGAGGUCAUGGAAUUUGGACAGCAGGACCUCAAAGUCCUUUCGGACAUGCUCGCCGACAAACCGUUCUUCUUCGGCGACGAACCCACAAACUUGGACGUGGUGGUGUUUGCACAUCUCGCCCAGAUCUACUUCAUCGACAAGGAAGUCAGUUACGCACUGAGAGACUUCAUGACCGAAUCGUGUCCCAAUUUGGUCGGAUUGGUUAAUCGCAUGAAGGAACGCAGCUUCUCCGAUUGGGACGACAUUUGCACGACCUUGGAUUUGAACUCGCAUCUGCCCAAACCCGCCCCCGAAGAAUCCAAAGACAACAAAGAGGCAGCCAAGGACGAAAAGGAGAGCGACAAGGAAAAAGAACCCGAGGACAAGGACAUCGAGAAAGAAAAGGCUGACGAAAAAGAAAAGGACAAACUCAAAGAAAAAGAAACGGAAGAAAACAAAGAAAAGGAGGCAGCAAAAUAAGCAGCAAUACGCACACUGCGCACUGCCGUUUUCUUUACCUUCUUGAUACCCUUUACCCUAAUUUCUCUCCCUCCUUUUCCCCCAUCCAUCCAUCCAUUACUCUUACUUAAUCCAAACUAUGUGCAACAAACAACCUUAGUUGAUAGGACUCAUUCAUAUAAAUACAUAUUACAUAUUAACUAACUAUUUACUUUUACUCGCGUAAUAAAUGAUACUCUUGUCAAAGGACACAACACGAUUCACAAUCAGUGUAAUUUUUUUAAUGGAAUAUAGUGGACAGUUCUCAUUCACGAAACAUUAUUAUGAUAAAAAAUAUAAUUGCUAGUUUAAGGAUGAUUGUUUGUAUAAAUAAUUUUAGCUAGGUUUUUUAUUGUAAGCAAUUGUAUGUCUGACAAACUUUCAGAGAGUCAACAAACACACGGUGACUUGUCUCCGAUUAAAAGCUCUUUUUAAACGGAGCCAGGUCCGCACAAGAUUAUUUCCAUUGUUUAUUAAUCCAUGUUAGUGCAGUCUGUUUAAUGUACGAAAAUAUAACCCAGUAUAGUAGUGCAUUAUAUUCAUUGUAUCCAUUCCACAAUUUAACAUUGCAUCACGAAAAAUUAACAACAUAGCUUAAAAACAUCCAGUAUCUAUUGUAGAUUUUUGUAUUUUUUUAAUGGACACUUAAUUUUAAGAUUUCAUCAAAAACUACGGCUAUGUAACAAACAACCUCUGGACCAUCUAAAUUUACAAUUUGUUACAUGUUGUCAGUAUAUUUCUUCGAAGCUCAAUAGAUUGACUAGCAUGUUAAAAUUUUAAUUUUAGAUUUUAUUAUAAGUUUAUCUGACUUUACAACUGUGUUGUAUGCUAUAUUAUAAUUUAAAUAAAUAAAUUGGUAUUUUAAGUUUUA